AGACUCAAUUCCAGUAAUCCAGAUGAUUUCUGAAUAAAGGGGGGGAAAUGCAUUCGUCUUAUAUAAUGUGCUUUGGGCAUUGAUGUAUAUAUAGAAGUAACGCGAGACUUUUGUGUUCGUCUAUUAUGUUGAUAUGCUUGAUUGUUUCUUGAAUUCGUGUAUUUAAAUUUUAUAAGGCCUGAAAUUUCAAUUAAGCGCUUUUUUACAAAGUACCGCUCAGACUCAAUUCAGUACCGUGCUGUGAGCGCCAUGUAUGAAUUGUCCUCCUAUUUGAUUGGACAAAAUCCCACCAACGCUGCAGCCAAUGGGUGAAUAGAGUGUUGCUAUAAGAGAGACACUCCGCUGGUUCGUGUUAUUCUUUCUUCUCUUAGAACAAGAUUGAAAAUGAGUGGGCGGGGUAAAACCGGCGGUAAGGCAAGAGCGAAGGCUAAGACUCGUUCAUCGAGGGCAGGACUGCAGUUUCCUGUAGGUCGCGUUCACCGAUUGCUGCGUAAAGGAAACUAUGCCGAGCGUGUUGGUGCCGGUGCUCCAGUUUAUCUGGCUGCUGUGCUCGAGUAUCUGACUGCUGAAAUUCUGGAGCUGGCUGGUAACGCGGCCCGCGACAACAAGAAAACUCGCAUCAUUCCCAGACAUCUGCAGCUGGCAGUGCGUAACGACGAAGAGCUGAACAAACUGCUUGGAGGCGUCACUAUCGCCCAGGGCGGAGUAUUGCCCAACAUCCAAGCUGUUCUGCUCCCCAAGAAAACUGAGAAAGCGGUCAAGGCGAAGUAAUUUUUGCAGCGCUUUAAUGAGGACCAUUCACCCAAAGGCUCUUUUAAGAGCCACC